CCACCAUCCUCCAACUACUUUUAAAACAGCCGUCCCACCACGCGACGCGAGCUAGCGUCCUCCCGCCGCCGCCGCCGCCGCCGCUCGUGCCGCUGCUGCUACCUGCUCACGCCUACCUCGCCUCCUCCCUCCCUCUGUCCUCCCGCUGCGUCCCCCCGAGAUCGGAAUCGCCCGCCUGCCUUUCCCUCCGCCAUGGCGCCGUCUCUGCUCGGGGGGUUCACCAAGUCGCUGGCCAUGACGGUUCUCUCCGAGAUCGGGGACAAGACCUUCUUCGCCGCCGCGAUUCUAGCCAUGCGCCAUCCCAGAAAGCUCGUCCUGGCAGGCUGUCUGAGCGCAUUAAUAGUGAUGACAGCUCUAUCAGCUUCUCUAGGUUGGGUUGCACCAAAUCUGAUAUCACGCAAAUGGACUCAUCAUGUGACCACUCUGCUGUUCUUUGUAUUUGGCAUUUGGUCAUUGUGGGAAGGCUUCAAGGAAGAUGGAGAUUCGGAAGAAUUGGCUGAAGUGGAAGCAGAGCUGGAUGCUGCCUUUAAGAGUAACAAAGGUGAAUCUAAAAAUAAAUCUAAGGCAAACGAUGAUGCAAAGAAACAGCAAAGACCAUUUCUCAUGCAGCUCUUCUCACCAAUUUUUAUAAAGGCAUUUUCUAUUACAUUCUUUGGUGAGUGGGGUGACAAGAGCCAGAUUGCUACUAUUGGCUUAGCUGCUGAUGAAAACCCAUUUGGUGUUGUCCUUGGAGGAAUCAUAGCGCAAGCACUCUGCACUACUGCUGCUGUUCUUGGAGGAAAGAGCCUAGCCUCGCAGAUAUCUGAGAAAAUGGUUGAACUGUCAAGCGGAGUGCUAUUCCUGUUGUUUGGCAUCAUGUCCUUGCUUUCAGGGCCAGAAGGAGGAUUGUAAUCUCAUGGGAAUUUUGUUCAGCAUGCAAUUAUGCAUGGCUGGUUUACAAGCUCUCUCGUUAGACCUAUCUUAUUUGAGUAGAUGAAUGAUGGCGAUGAAAGCCAGCCAUCCAUGGCGAACAGGAUGGCGCGAAUUCAUUAGUUUAGCCAACACACUGUAAACAUUCACUCGUCAUUAAUGAAAAAAAAUACAUGCAUUUUACAAAAACUUGUACUAAUUCCAUUCCGUUCCCAGCACCUGAAAAUCUAAAGUAGAACAUUGUAUGGGGGGACUAAACAGGAUGAACAGAUCUUACUGAAAUUUUGUUGUCGCAAUUACAUGCAUGAACAAAGCUUGGUUAUUGGAUCUCCUAA